AAUGGGCGGCGCUCAAUGGGCGUUGGGCGUGUAAAAGAAGCCGUGGCUAAAGUGCUGGGUGCUCGUACACCGGUAAAAGCUGUUGCAGCAAGCGCGGCGAAGAAGCCUUCGGCCAAACCAGCGGCUAAAACCGCUGCCGUUAAGCCAGCAGCCAAGUCAGCAGCUAAAACCGCUGCCGCUCAACCAGCGGCCAAACCAGCAGCUAAAACUGCUGCCGCUAAACCAGCAGCCAAACCAGCAGCUAAAACCGCUGCCGCUAAGCCAGCAGCCAAACCAGCAGCUAAAACCGCUGCCGCUAAGCCAGCCGCCAAACCAGCAGCUAAAACCGCUGCCGCUAAGCCAGCAGUCAAGCCAGCAGCUAAAACCGCUGCCGCUAAGCCAGCCGCCAAGCCAGCAGCUAAAACCGCUGCCGCUAAGCCAGCCGCCAAACCAGCAGCUAAAACCGCUGCCGCCAAGCCAGCCGCCAAGCCAGCAGCUAAAACCGUUGCCGCCAAGCCAGCAGCCAAACCAGCAGCUAAAACCGCCGCCGCUAAGCCAGCCGCCAAGCCAGCAGCUAAAACCGUUGCCGCCAAGCCAGCAGCCAAACCAGCAGCUAAAGCCGCCGCCGCUAAGCCAGCAGCCAAGCCAGUGGCUAAAACCGCUGCCGCUAAGCCAGCAGCCAAACCAGCAGCUAAGCCCGCCGCCGCUAAGCCAGUAGCCAAACCUGCUGCCGCCAAGCCGGCCGCUGCGAAGCCUACGCCGGCCACUCCGGCAGCGACCCCGGCAGCCGCCACCGCUCCAACCGCACCGGCAAGCAGCACCCCUGCACCGGCAGCGCCAAGCACUACCCCAACCAGCGCUUCCUAAGCGCCG